AGCGUUUUCAUUUUUAUUUUUGCCUGAACACUUUUUUGCGAUCUUUUCUCUUUCACGUCUUUCACAGCUGGCGAUAUCUUUAUAUUUUACUUGCUACCCCACCACCAGGGCUGCGUCAGUAAUCCUGUACACUUUUCGCUUAUAUGAAAUAUCCAUAGGCCUACCCCGCACCCUUACCAAGCCUCAUUCGACUCUGCCCGAGAAUAUCCACCAGUACACACUUCUGCAUAUUCAGCCAGCGCCUGUUAUUGUCGUCUUUACAGACUUCGACAUCCAUACACUCUGCCUACAAACACCUAUGCAGUGCGAUAGCGAUGCAAGAAGAAGCAAGAGUGGCACGCCACACAUGGCUAAUACGCCCAUAUCAAACAUACUGAUGCGCCGCCCUCGUCCACGUCAGCCACCCCCGCCCGAUAUGAUCGAUUUCGACCUCAACUGGUGCCGCCUGUGUCGCGUGUGUCUAACCUGCCAGGGAAUUGGGCGUACUGUCCGUCAGGCUUUUAACACAAAGAGCUGCGAAUGCCCAGUGCGCGUAGUUGUCAGCUGCAAGGGCAAGAAAAGCGACAAGGGGCCAAAGACUGUGGACUUUCGGUUCAAGACGCUUAGUGCCCAAGACAUCAAAGCGCUGCAGUGCCUCCUGCGCCAGAUGCGCAGCAAUGUCCCACCAAUCGAGAGCAAUCUGCAUCGUGCCAACCUGUGUGGAACGUGCCAGCAACGCAUCCGCCGUGCGAUUGACGGCAUGAGAAACCCGCAGGGUGAUGGUGACGAGUCAGUCGACUUCCGUCGCCGUAGAUCGAUCCGUGUUACCGUUAGUGAGGACAUAGCAGCAUCCACACAAGGCGGCAAUGCGACUACCCACAGGGCCAUCAACAAUGGGACGAUGCCCGUGACCACUCUGCUGACCAGGUCGACCCCGCCUGGGCACCGCCCGAGCACAGAGAUUGGUGGUGGUACCGAAGACUCAAACCCACAUAUCUAUGCUGAUAUUUCUGCAGUGCAGUUGCCACCGCAGAAGUUGCUUCAGCACCAGCAGCCGCAGCUGCAGCAUCGUCACCAUGAUAUGCCCUCAGCAGAUCAUAGCCUAGAACCUACUGUUCCAAUAUCUAUGCUGAGAUCCAACUCUGCAGAGCCUGCUGCACACCAGCUGCACCGUCGUUUGGAGCGCACAUCGUUUGAAAAUAUUCCCAGCGCAAAAGCUCAUCUGAAGGCUGCAAGAAGCAAGCCAAUAAACAUCGUCUUUGAAGAUGCUAGAGGCGCUGAGCUGUUCCGUGAGUGGGUCUUUGGUGAAAUGACGCUCCAUGAGUUGUUUGACGCCUACUAUCCCAGUGCCCCUGCCGAGCUACUGUUCCGCGAGCAGCUACAAGGGUGUCUGUACUCGCGCCAUUCGCAGGUGUCGCAGAUCCCGCGGAUGGGUGAUCUGAUAGUUAUCAAGGUACAUCUGCCGCAGAGUGUCCCUGGCUUGCAGCUACAUCGUAGCCGCAUGUCGUCACCAAAGACAACUUUGCCGUCUAUCAGCGUGAUUCAUGAGCGUCACACUGCACAGUACCAGACUGCCAUAUCGCUGCUGGAGAUCACAAAUAGCCGCUCGAUUCCAUACAUAGCAACACAGACCACCAUGGCUAACCAGCAGCCUCCCUACCUGCAAGGGAAUUCUGUUAACAGCAGACCUAUUGUCGAGGCGAGCCACCACAGUAUGCUUGAUAACACGCUACCAUCAGUUGCAGCACACAUUGAAACCUCAAAUACGUCUACUUCACCACAGGCAGCUGUGCUGCUGAAACACAGAGAUAACUAUGCUAAGGCUAGUCACUAAGAACCCCAAUCAGCUGCAGCUAUCCCGUUUGUUUACGAUUAUUGCAAACUCCCUGUGUCUGUCUGUCAUAUUGACCGCGCGGUGCCCCGAGCUGCUUCUAUCACCCUCCUAUUUCGCAUACUCUAUCAGUCUUACCACAGGCUUCAGAGCCUAACUUGUACCCAUCCUGCUUCUUUCACCAUGUUUGCAAUAUAG